AUGGGCUUCAAGAUCGGCGAAGGCACCCACAAGGAAGGGAUGGCCCAGCCGGUGCACUACUGGGUGCCAUCCAUCUCGCCGUCGGGGCUGAUGAUCUACGACGCUGACCGCUUCCCCGCCUGGCAAGGGAGCUUCUUCGCCGGUGCGCUCUCGGGCGAGCUUCUGGUGCGGCUCGAGGUCGCCGACGGCAAGGCGGUGGUGGAGGAACGCAUGCUCGAAGACCUGGAGGAGCGCAUCCGCGACGUGCGCCAGGGGCCGGACGGCCUCAUCUAUCUGCUCACCGACCACCCCGAGGGGAUGCUUGCUCAGGCUGGAGCCGGCUGA